GGAGCUGCUGCGGGAACUUGUAUUUUACUUCUUCGACGGUGUGAAUUCCGGCUUCGAUUCCCUAAUAUACACCGAAGUUGAGUAUCGUCGAUCUCCGCUCGCUCCGAGUCGCAAGCCAGCGCCGCUCACAUUUUCUUGAGUUCAUCUCCGAGAUCGCGCUCCUUCCUCAUCAUCACUGGUCUCGGUAUAUGCCGACACUCUGCGUGGAUUCUAGUCGAAACAACUUCUCGUGUGUGUGUGAGCGUCCGAGCUAUUUUCCGAGAUGGUCUCAUUUCCGAUCGGAUUUUCCCGGCUUGUUCGGGCGAGGCCUCUGCUUACUCAGGUGGCGAGGCUUCAGAGUACCGUGAAAGCAGCACCGGCUAAGAAGACCGUAUUCCAGCGCGAGAAACCGCACUGCAACAUCGGAACCAUCGGCCAUGUGGAUCACGGAAAAACGACUUUGACCGCAGCCAUAACCAAGAUCCUCGCCUCGCGCAAGCUUGCCGAAGCCAAGAAGUAUGAAGACAUCGACAAUGCCCCUGAAGAACAGGAGCGCGGUAUCACGAUCAAUGUCGCUCACGUCGAAUAUCAAACGAAGCAAAGACAUUACUCUCAUACGGACUGUCCCGGUCAUGCCGAUUACAUCAAGAACAUGAUCACUGGAACAUCCCAAAUGGACGGAGCGAUUCUCGUCGUAGCGGCAACCGACGGAGCGAUGCCGCAGACCCGAGAGCAUCUGAUCCUCGCAAAACAAAUUGGAGUCGAACACCUGGUCGUGUUCCUCAACAAAGCCGAUGCUACCGACAAGGAAACGCUGGAACUCGUGGAAAUCGAGCUCCGAGAACUUCUCUCCGAACACGGCUACGACGGCGACAAAACCCCGAUCAUCACCGGUUCAGCCCUCGCCGCCGUCGAAGAUAGGGAUCCGGAACUCGGCGUGCAGGCCAUCGACAAACUGCUGGACACUGUCGACAGCUACAUCCCCACCCCGGUCCGGGAUCUCGAUAAGCCUUUCUUCAUGCCAAUCGAGAACGUGUACUCUAUUCCUGGCAGAGGGACCGUGGCAACGGGGCGGCUCGAGCGAGGUGUCCUCAAGAAAGCCACCGAAUGUGAGAUCAUUGGCUUCGACAAGAAAUUCAAGACCACGAUUACCGGCAUUGAAACCUUCCACAAAAUUCUGGAGAAGGCAGAGGCCGGCGAUCAGCUCGGUGCCCUCAUCAGAGGAAUCAAACGCGACGAGCUCCGCCGCGGUAUGGCCAUAGUGGCUCCGGGGAGCGUUGCCCAGCACGAUCAUUUCACGGCCCAAAUCUACAUCCUAAAGAAAGAGGAGGGCGGGAAGAAUAGGCCUAUUCUCAAAAACUACCAACCACAAGUUUAUUCAAAGACAUGGGAUUGUUCGGGGAGAUGUACGCUAGUUGACAAAGAAAUGCUCAUGCCCGGCGAGGACGGUAAACUCGUCAUAAAACUAUUAAAGCCCAUGGCUCUAGAGAAGGGACAGAGAUUCACGCUCCGAGACGGAAAGAAAACGAGCGGAACCGGCGUCAUUGUUGAGAUCAACCAGGAUCUUGACCCUGAUCAACGAAAGGCACUACUCGAGAAAACCGCCGAAAACAGAGAGAAACAGCUGCAAGAGAAAGCUGCGGCGAAAGCCAACAAAUAAGAACCUUCCCCGGGAGGGGCGAUCGAAUUACUUUGUAUAUUGUUAGGAAUCCAGCGAAUAUCUAUUAUUGAAGAUCGAAACUUCAGCUUCGAGUUCAGUGAUUUACAGUGCUCGCACGGCAUCUCAUCCGACCGUAUUGUUUCUCUCCAAGGCUGAGUGGACUAGCGUCUGACGACAUCGACUGAAGCUGCGGCAUCGAGUCGCGGGGGAGCGGCUGAAUUUGCACAAUCAGGACUUCGAUUCGCUCACGGCGCGUGUGUCACCCGAAUUAAUGCAACCUGCGUUGACUGACGAGACUGUUCGAAACCGAUAUGGGGGACUCCAAAUCGGGCGUUGGAUCGCAAUCCGAUAUCUCAGGUAUCUGAUAUGUCUGAUUUCGGAGCAUGAUCAUCGGAUUCCGCUCGGAUUGAAACCAUUUCGCAAUAAAAAGACAACUCAGUUGAUGAA